CUCACGUUCUCAACUGUCACAGUCGCUCUUCCUUAGUCAUCCUCUCCUCUCCAGACCUCUCCAAACCUUUCUCAAAAGCCAAAUAAUGGGCGGAAAUGGAACUUCACCGUGCGCCUCUUGCAAGUUGCUGAGACGCCGAUGCGCCCAAGACUGCAUUUUUGCCCCUUACUUUCCCUCCGAUGACCCCCACAAGUUCGCCAUCGUGCACAAAGUCUUCGGUGCUAGCAAUGUUAGCAAGAUGUUACAGGAGCUUCCAGUUCACCAGAGAACAGAUGCAGUGAGCAGUCUAGUGUAUGAAGCCAAUGCAAGAGUGAGAGACCCAGUUUAUGGGUGUGUUGGGGCCAUUUCUUGCCUGCAAAACCAAGUCUCUGAGCUGCAAAUGCAACUUGCUGUGGCUCAGGCCGAGAUCCUCUGCAUUCAGAUGCAGCAAGAGCCUAUGGUACUCCCUUCCCAGCAGAUCGACACAUGCUCAGACGAUGAGAGGACAUAUUUCCUCAACAACGAUCUCCCUCAGUACCUGGACUUUCCCUCUUCUAGUUCUAGCAAUAUAAUCCAUGACUCUCUCAAGAGGGAGGGCAUCUUUGGACAUGACAUGGUCUCUUAACCAUGCUCUCUUUCUUGUUAUAGAAUACUUUCGAUUAUAUUGUCAGUUUGAUAUACAUAUUA